CCGGUGAGCGCGCCCAGGAGGGCCCCCCACCCCCCACCCCAAGAGGAACGCCGAGCCGCAGCCGCCGAGGAAACGUGAAGUUUGUGCGGCUCAACAUGACGCAAAAAUUCUUGAAGAGCUCUUUGGCGGCGGCUAUCUAGAGAUCAGACCAUGUGAGGGGCCGGGAGUACAAAUACGGCGGCUCGGGCGCAGCGCCGGCACAGGCAGCGGCCGCCCCGGGUGCCUCGAGGGCGCGAGGGUCCCCCGCGUCGGCGAGCCCUGGGACCAGCCUCCCCGCGGACUGCCGGCAGAUUUUGGCUUUUACCGUGAGCACCAUGAAGGCAGGACCGUGCCUGCCUCACCUCCAAGAUUCCAGCACAGAGCAGCCACACCGCGCAUCACUGACGAAUUAGGGUUGAUCUGUGGCAGAGGGCCAGGCUUGGUGUUUACCAUGUUCGUUGGUGCCUGAGCUCCGUAAUUCCUAUCAACCUUGAGCUCUCAAUCCCACUGACAUAAAGCUCUGAAGACCCCCACAGACCGUGCACCAAGAAUUCCGUUCAGGUCCUCGCGGAUGGGCGUCAGCGUAGUCUACUAGACAGCAGAAUGGAGACCACGCCCUUAAAUUCCCAGAAGGAGCUGUCAGUGUGUAAGGACGGAGAAGACUGUCAGGAAAAUGGACUUCUACGGAAGGGUGUUCCCGCCUCUGGGGAUAAGGUGGAGUCCGGCCAGAUCUCCAACGGGUACUCAGCAGUUCCGAGCCCCGGUGCAGGAGAUGACACUCCGCACUCCAUCCCGGCUGCCACCACCGCCCUAGUGGCUGAGGUUCACUCGGGGGAACGGGAGACCUGGGGCAAGAAGAUGGAUUUCCUCCUGUCAGUCAUUGGCUAUGCUGUGGACCUGGGCAACGUCUGGCGCUUUCCCUACAUCUGUUACCAGAAUGGAGGGGGAGCGUUCCUCCUCCCUUACACCAUCAUGGCCAUUUUUGGGGGGAUCCCGCUCUUCUACAUGGAGCUCGCGCUGGGUCAGUACCACCGAAACGGAUGCAUUUCAAUAUGGAGGAAAAUCUGCCCGAUUUUCAAAGGGAUCGGUUACGCCAUCUGCAUUAUUGCCUUUUACAUCGCCUCCUACUACAACACCAUCAUGGCCUGGGCGCUCUACUACCUCAUCUCCUCCUUCACCGACCAGCUGCCCUGGACCAGCUGCAAGAACUCCUGGAACACCGGCAACUGCACCAACUACUUCUCGGGGGACAACGUCACCUGGACGCUCCACUCCACGUCCCCCGCGGAGGAAUUCUACACGCGCCACGUCCUGCAGAUCCACCGGUCUAAGGGGCUGCAGGACCUGGGGGGCGUCAGCUGGCAGCUUGCCCUCUGCAUCAUGCUCAUCUUCACUAUUAUCUACUUUAGCAUCUGGAAAGGCGUCAAAACAUCUGGAAAGGUGGUGUGGGUGACAGCCACCUUCCCUUACAUCAUCCUUUUGGUCCUGCUGGUGAGGGGGGCCACCCUCCCCGGAGCCUGGAGAGGUGUUCUCUUCUACCUGAAACCCAACUGGCAGAAACUCCUGGAGACAGGGGUGUGGGUGGAUGCUGCCGCUCAGAUCUUCUUCUCUCUUGGUCCUGGCUUUGGGGUCUUACUGGCUUUUGCGAGCUACAACAAAUUCAACAACAACUGUUACCAGGACGCCCUGGUGACCAGCCUGGUGAACUGCAUGACGAGCUUCGUUUCGGGAUUUGUCAUUUUCACGGUGCUUGGCUACAUGGCUGAGAUGCGGAAGGAAGACGUGUCCGAGGUGGCCAAAGACGCAGGCCCCAGUCUCCUCUUCAUCACAUACGCAGAAGCCAUCGCCAACAUGCCGGCGUCCACCUUCUUUGCCAUCAUCUUCUUCUUGAUGUUGAUCACACUGGGCUUGGAUAGCACGUUUGCAGGCUUGGAGGGGGUGAUCACGGCGGUGCUGGAUGAGUUUCCGCACAUCUGGUCCAAGCGCCGGGAGUUGUUGGUGCUCGGUGUGGUCGUGACCUGCUUCUUCGGGUCCCUGUUCACCCUGACGUUUGGCGGGGCCUACGUGGUGAAGCUGCUGGAGGAGUACGCCACGGGGCCCGCCGUGCUCACCGUGGCCCUGAUAGAAGCCAUGGCCGUGUUCUGGUUCUACGGCAUCACCCAGUUCUGCAGCGACGUGAAGGAGAUGCUGGGCUUCAGCCCCGGAUGGUUUUGGAGGAUCUGCUGGGUGGCCAUCAGCCCUCUGUUUCUCCUGUUCAUCAUUUGCAGCUUUUUGAUGAGCCCGCCACAGCUGCGACUUUUCCAGUAUACUUAUCCUCACUGGAGCAUCGUCCUCGGUUACUGCAUAGGGACCUCGUCUUUCAUCUGCAUCCCCACCUACAUAACCUACCGGCUGAUCAUCACUCCAGGGACACUGAAGGAGCGUAUUAUUAAAAGUAUCACUCCAGAAACACCAACAGAAAUUCCCUGUGGGGACAUCCGCCUGAAUGCCGUGUAAAACGCUUCAACGAGAGGAGGGCGAGUGGCUUCCCCACCACCUCUUCCUCCAGCUCUGACGAGUUGCGCCGUCUUCUCCCUCCAAGUGAAUGAGUUUCCAGCUAAGCCUGACAAUGGAAGGGCCUUCUUCAGAGAGACACAGUCUCCAAAGACUAUGGUGCCCAGACUCUCAUGGCCUCCAGCUACUUCUUCCUGUGACAUCUCCUGGACAUGUGACCAUGUUAGACUCUGUGAGGCAGCCGAACUGGACGAUUUUGGAUGCGUGAGGGUGUGUAUGGAGGUGAUGAAAACCACCAUGUAAUCAGUUAGGACUAGGUUUAGAAUCAAGUCUGUGAACGUCUACUGUAUCACUUCUCGUUAUGAUCCUUGGUGUCUGACAUCUGUUUGCUUCUGAAGUCCUCAUUGUUCAUGGAUGCAUACGCCAUUUACUGCUAGGCAUUUAUUUUCUGAGUAGCAUAGACUUUCAUAGCUGGAUCUACUAGACCCCUGUAACCCAUGUGCUGCUGUGGAGUCAGGAGAGGAAAAUAUAAGAAACUAAACUGAAAAAUAAUGUGA